CAGUUCAACAGUCGCUAUUUUCCGCGCGUUUUGUGUGAUCAAGUUACGUUGGAGGAACGGUGAUCUUUUCCGCACUCGUGAAUGACCUGUUCUACGUCGAUCAGCGUGAGUGGAUCGAGUGGAUGUAGUUGUCCUGACAGGAAGCAGGUACAAAGAGGGUAGCCACGCUCUAAAUCGCUGGGAAGAUGAACAAGCUCGGAAAACUCAACUCCUCGAUUGACAUUAUACCUCUUCAAAGCUCGAGCGGUCAAACGAAAAAGAAACCCGUCAUGAAGCAAGCGCAGGAAGAACUACCAGCUCGGAUUUGCCGGGAUCCUAUGUUAAUUUCUCGCGUGCGAGAGUAUUUGCAUGAAAAUGUUGACAAAAUCUACAUCGAUGUAAAUAGCGUGGCAGAUUAUUUACAAAGAACAUUCAGAGAUUAUCGCAUGAAGAAGAAGGGAUCGUUUCGUGCAAUGGUGCGCAUGGCUUAUGAGGAAAUCACCGAUUCUUAUACAAAAAAAGCUAUGGCCUCGCAGAAUGAUGAUGACGAAGACGAAGAUGAAAUUAAUUUGGAUUGGGACACUCAUAAUGAAAUGCUACAUAACAAGUUAACUAAAAUGUAUGAAAAGGUCCUGGCAAAGCAAAAUGGAAAUUCCAGCGACAAGGAGUUAAUAGAUAUUAGUAGCGACGAUGAGCAGAGUAAAGUUGAAUCGGUUCCUGCUAAAAAGGCUAAAGAAGCUACUGAAAAGGAACCCAGCCCAAAUGUCCAAAGAAAUCCAGUGCAUUCGUGUUCUAGUGGGUUAAUACAACGGUGUGCAUCUACUCAACGGGAGUCUACGCAACCGCAGACAGUCUCAAACAAAAAUAAAGAGGUACCGCCAGCACCACCGGAGAGACAAGUGAGGAAGAGACUCAGAGAAAAAGAGUCCACACCAAGUUUCUAUGCUAAAAAGAAGGAACUUUCCGUUGUCAAGUCAACCGUCAAGUUUGCCGACGUUGGUGGUUGUACCAAGGUUCUAGAAAGUGUAUGCAAAUUACUCAUUCACAUGAACCAUCCCGAGGUCUUCAAGCAGCUCGGUAUAUCACCUCCAAGAGGAUUUUUACUUCAUGGUCCACCAGGCUGUGGAAAGACCCUAUUUGCUCACGCAAUCGCAGGGGAACUAGAGCUUCCAAUGUUGAAAGUAGCAGCCCCCGAGUUAAUUGCUGGUGUAUCAGGAGAGAGCGAGGCUCGCAUCAGAGAAUUAUUCGACCAGGCCGCCAGCAUUUCUCCUUGUAUACUUUUCUUAGACGAGAUCGACGCUGUAACACCUCACAGAGCUACGGCUCAAAGGGAAAUGGAAAGACGCGUCGUUGCUCAACUUCUAUCCUGCUUGGAUGAUUUAAGUACAAAGGAGAAUGGAAAUCGAGUUCUGGUUAUCGGUGCAACGAAUCGACCAGACUCCUUGGAUCCGGCAUUGAGAAGAGCUGGUCGCUUCGAUCGUGAAGUUUGUCUAGGAAUUCCGGAUAAACAAGCGAGAGCCGAGAUCCUACGAGUUCACGCCAGUAAGUUAGCCCUCGAAGCCGAUGUCGAUUUGGAAAAGAUUGCCGCCCUCUGUCCUGGCUUCGUCGGUGCCGAUCUGGUGGCGUUGCUGCGCGAAGCUGCCAUGGUCGCUAUAAAUAGAGUAUUCGAGAAUUUGAACAAACACGCAGAAGAUAAUAAAAAGAACUUGGAACUAGCGAUCGAGUCGGCGAUCGAUUGCGAAGCCCUGCCCGAGAAGGAAAAGGAUAUUGACGAGCACAGGGACAUUGGAAACAUCGACGAGGACGACUUGGAGAUGGGCACUGCAACCGACAGUUAUCAGCAAGCCAAAGACCCAGAACCAGUGGAAGAAAAUCCUGAUGACCCUAUCGUCACCGUUACGGAUACGAGUAAAGAACAAUCAGCGGAACCCAAGGGGCUGGCCCACCUCCUAUCGUGGCUCCAUGAUAACACGGCCGUCUCUUCCGAUCGCUUAGCUGAACUUUUCAUCGAGAACAAUGAUUUUGAAGCCGCUCUUCGGGUUGUCCAACCCUCUGCCAAGAGAGAGGGUUUCGCCACAGUGCCUGAUGUCACUUGGGACGACAUUGGUUCUCUUCAGGAUAUUCGACAAGAGCUGCAGAUGGCCAUAAUGGCCCCAAUUAGACAUGCAGAUCUGUUCGAAUCCCUUGGACUGGUUGCACCCACUGGCGUCCUCCUGUGCGGCCCACCUGGAUGUGGGAAAACUUUGUUGGCUAAAGCCGUUGCUAACGAGGCUGGCGUAAAUUUCAUCUCUGUCAAGGGACCGGAGCUGUUAAACAUGUAUGUUGGCGAGAGCGAGAAAGCCGUUCGUCAGUGUUUCAUCAGGGCGAAGAAUUCAGCUCCUUGUGUCAUCUUCUUCGACGAGUUGGAUGCCUUGUGUCCGAAGCGAUCCGAAGGCGACAAUUCGGCCACAUCGAGAGUCGUCAAUCAGAUGCUAACUGAGAUGGACGGUGUCGAAGAGAGGAAGGGUGUGUUCCUAAUGGCUGCUACAAAUCGUCCAGACAUUGUUGAUCCAGCAGUAUUAAGACCUGGGCGCUUGGAUAAAAUUUUAUACGUCGGUCUUCCCACGCCUUCCGAUCGAAUCGACAUUUUGAGAGCAUUAACCAAGAACGGUACAAAGCCUAAGUUAGCGAACGACGUUAAUCUCGAAGAUGUGGGCAACAGCGAUAAAUGCGACGGAUACACGGGUGCAGAUUUGGCAGCUUUGAUUAGGGAGUCGAGUAUGGAGGUGCUGAAGGAGUCCUUGAAUGACAACAUUAAAGUCACGGAAAUAUGUGCAAGACAUAUCGAAGCUGCGUUCGAUAAGAUUCGACCUUCCGUCAGCGAGAGGGAUAUACAGCACUACGACAAGCUGAGGAAACGAUACUCCAUCUCAAAGAAGGCAUCGCAGUACGACACGCCCAUGGAAACUCCAGUCGACCCGCCGUUAAUAGACACCACCAUGGAAGCAAUGGAGACCUAAGUUACAACCAGCCUGCGUAAAUAGAGUAUAAAGUAUUUUGUCACUAUAUUGUUUAUACUGCGCAUUCCAAUGAUACACAGUUACUUUCGAAGUUAUCCGGGACUCUUAGAACAUCCCUAUUUACUAUACUCCCGUUAGCUGGUCGAGUUGGACAGAGAUAUCGAGAAGGAAUGAAAAAAUAUCCUAGAGAACCGUAGUUGCCGAUCAGUGAGGCAGCCAGCGUGUAAAUACCGCGCGUGUCUCUUAAUCUUGUACCGUUUUAAUUCGAGUGUCACAGGUGAUCGCUGCCAAUAAAUAGUAUCCCACUUUG